ACUCAGUUUUGGCUAACAAUGGAUACAUUGCUUUUAUAAUCAGUGAAAGAAAGCAACUGUUUAAGUACAGUACUAGCACAAUACUAUUUUACAGGGGCAAAUCAAAGUACACUAGUAAUACGUCAGCCAUGGAUCCCACGAUUACAGUGGUUGACAUUUGUGACAGGGUAAAUGUGAAAGACUUCUGGGAAGGACUAGAUGAAAAUCUAAUGCAGGUUACUUGGUCCCACGCUACCAACUCUAUAGAACUAUUAGAUAAUGCUCUAAAAGACGGAACUAUGAUGAUUGAAGCCGAUGUUAGUAUAGGUUCUAACGGAGUAAUAAUCAUGGCUCAUCCUCCCUCAACGUCUUCAGACUUAACUCUACAAAACUUUAUAAAAACAGUUAUCAACGCCAGAUUAGAAGGAGGAGGAAGUGUCAGAAAAGGAAUUAAACUUGAUUUCAAGUUUAUUGAAGCAGUGGAGCCGGCUCUUAAACUUCUCAGAGAAGUUUGUGAGGACAUUGAUUUUCCUGUUUGGAUAAAUGCAGAUAUCUUCUUCAUGGAGGGCGCUUCGCAACCUGUAGAUAAAGAACAAUUUAUUCGUCUCGCCAAAGAUUAUUUUCCUAAUGGAACCUUGAGUUUAGGGUUUACAACUACUUCUUCUGGAAAAUAUGAUAUUUCAAAUUUUCUUGAGGCUCUUCAAUUUAUAGAAGCAAGGAAGGUUACAGCUCCAGUUACACUUCCAGUGAGAGCCUGUUUACUUGCCAGAUCUAAACCGGAAAUAAUUCAAUACUUUCUCCAGGCUGUGAAUGUAACUGAUCCAACACUAACAAUCUGGAGUGGUGCUGAAGAUGAGGUUGAUGUUGAUGCUCUUGUAGAUGUUAUCAACCAAGUGGGACGAAGCAGAAUUUACCUGGAUGUUCCUGAAGAAUUAGAGAAACAGAUCGAAGAAAAAUCUAGUUCUAGUAGAGUCACACAGAUUAUACCUUUACCUGCUCUAUUUCUUUCUCUUCUUUUGUGUUUUUCAUAACUAACAAACUAUUUGGUUCAUAUCAAAUCCAUAACUGACUAUGCAAAGAAAAUAUAGAAAAAAUUGAAAAAACAUUACCGUUUUUACCAUUAUAAUUUCAUCUGAGCUGAAAACUUUAGAAUGAGAUCCUUAAUCACGAUCAAUUUAUCUUAUUAUCCAAUGUACACACUUUUGAU